CGUUAUCGGUUGGGAUGUUUAUUAGAAGUAAUGCCCGAGGGGGAGGGGCCAGGGCUGUUAAUAAAGUAUAAGACCCCCUUAGAAGAAGAAUGGAUCACAUUUAAUAACGAACUCAUUGUGUCCCCCUGCGCCGCUCGAGCCCGACAGAGACUCACUCCAAAAUGCAGCGGCAUCUAAUCGUACCGAUUUUUUUUGCAUCCUUUUUGAAGAUCUGCACCGGGGCAGAUUGGUGCUACCAGUCCCAGCAUACCUGUGCCACCCCUUGUAAUGGACCUGAGAAGUGGUACCAUGCCAACAAAGACUGUGAAGGCAGAGCCCAAUCCCCCAUCAACAUCGUCCACAGGAAGACCCUACCAGAUGAGCGCCUCACACCCUUCCAGUUCAGAAAAUACCAGGAUUCCUUCAGUGGCCUGAUCAAAAACAAUGGACACUCUGUUCAAGUGAAUGUGCCUCACCAACCGUAUGUGAUUGGUGGAGACCUGGAGACGCCAUAUAAGGUAGUGCAGUUUCACCUGCACUGGGGAAAGAACGGAGGACCAGGAUCGGAACACACUAUCGACGGAGAGCAGUACCCCAUGGAGCUGCAUAUUGUUCACAUGAAUGAGGAAUAUUCAACAUUGGAAGAUGCCCUGAAAGACCCUAUAGGAGUUGCAGUCCUUGGAUUUUUCUAUGAGGAAUCCCUCAGUGCCAACAGAAAAUAUGACCCCGUUGUAAGAGCCCUCCAGCGCAUCAUGACGACUGGUGCUAAUACAACUCUGGUGUCAGUUUCUCUGGAACAGCUGAUUCCUCCCCAGCAGAACCUAAGCAACUACUACCGUUACAAGGGCUCGCUCACCACCCCCGGCUGUACCGAGUGUGUGAUCUGGACUGUGUUCGAGAAGCCCAUCCCUCUCAGCAGAGACCAGCUGCGGGUGUUCUCAGACCUCCAGUUUAAGGAUGGCAAGCCUAUGGUGGGCACAUUCCGGCCGGUGCAGCCCCUCAAUGGCCGCGUGGUGUACCGGUCGGGAGGCGCUGUGGUAGUGGCCAGCACUGCAAUCCUCUUGGCCUCCGUCACCAUGGCGAUGGGAUUAUCACAGCCCAACUAGAAGAAGGAAGGCAUUCUGAGCGAGCCGCACCACGACAUGCAUGAACACAAUGAGUUCUCAAAACCAAAAACCAACUGACAAACUAAAGUACAGCACCAACCAACAGCCAUGCCCUAAACAUUCAGCCUGAAAACCAACAUGCCCCAGGCCCUUAUGAUACAUCAUAGUGAUUCAUGAGUUCUUGAAUUAUCGAGUUCUGUAGCUCAAGUUCUGAAGUUCACAAGUCCUACAGUCCAUAGGUUCAACCUCCCUCCCUGUCCAAUGUCAGAUCAAUUUAUAGUCCUCAGCCUAAAUUUACAAUACAAAAUGUGAGGAGCCUCUGCUCAGUGCUCAGGUCGUUGGGUCACUGCACUAGAGUCUAAACAUAGACGUCAAUAAAUCCAUGACCUAGUUGGUAUUAGACUGGCACGUGACCAUGUUCUUAGAACGGAAUGUGUGAAUGGUGGGUCAAAGCUAAUAAUAGAUAGCACUCAUAAAUACUCUCCAGUUCAAACCUAGGAGAGGAGAGAGAGAUGCCAUGGCCUUGCCUUUCCCUCUGCAACUCCUAUUUCCACCACCACUGUCAGGAGUCAGGUGGGGAUUCUAUGCCACCCACCACGGGCCGGGCAAAUUAUCUGAGGGGUGAGGGGAACGGAGGUCCCCUAGCUCCAGGUGAAUCACCCACCAUAGGGUAAUAGAAGGGCACAGGCUGAUGACGAUCACAACGGACCAUGCGGUUCUGUGUGUUACCGAGGUAAGAGGCUGAACUGUCCCUGUCCCGACUCCCAGAUCCCCAGUCACACAUGAGUUCCACGAGGAGGAGAUGGAGGAUAAUGAUGAUGAUGCAGUGAUGGGGCGAAGAGCUGAUAGGUCAUGAGGCAAGUGACAGGGUGAUUCAGAAGACUCAGUACCUAGAAGGUAAACACAGCAGCGUUUAAGAUAACUAACUCAUUCAUUCAUUAAUAAAUACAGUGCCUUGCAAAAGUAUUCGGCCCCCUUGAACUUUGCGACCUUUUGCCACAUUUCAGGCUUCAAACAUAAAGAUAUAAAACUGUAUUUUUUGUGAAGAAUCAACAAGUGGGACACAAUCAUGAAGUGGAACGACAUUUAUUGGAUAUUUCAAACUUUUUUAACAAAUCAAAAACUGAAAAAUUGGGCGUGCAAAAUUAUUCAGCCUCUUUACUUUCAGUGCAGCGCAGCAAACUCUCUCCAGAAGUUCAGUGAGGAUCUCUGAAUGAUCCAAUGUUGACCUAAAUGACUAAUGAUGAUAAAUACAAUCCACCUGUGUGUAAUCAAGUCUCUGUAUAAAUUCACCUGCACUGUGAUAGUCUCAGAGGUCCGUUAAAAGCGCAGAGAGCAUCAUGAAGAACAAGGAACACACCAGGCAGGUCCGAGAUACUGUUGUGAAGAAGUUUAAAGCCGGAUUUGGAUACAAAAAGAUUUCCCAAGCUUUAAACAUCCCAAGGAGCACUGUGCAAGCGAUAAUAUUGAAAUGGAAGGAGUAUCAGACCACUGCAAAUCUACCAAGACCUGGCCGUCCCUCUAAACUUUCAGCUCAUACAAGGAGAAGACUGAUCAGAGAUGCAGCCAAGCGGCCCAUGAUCACUCUGGAUGAACUGCAGAGAUCUACAGCUGAGGUGGGAGACUCUGUCCAUAGGACAACAAUCAGUCGUAUAUUGCACAAAUCUGGCCUUUAUGGAAGAGUGGCAAGAAGAAAGCCAUUUCUUAAAGAUAUCCAUAAAAAGUGUUGUUUAAAGUUUGCCACUAGCCACCUGGGAGACACACCAAACAUGUGGAAGAAGGUGCUCUGGUCAGAUGAAACCAAAAGUGAACUUUUUGGCAACAAUGCAAAACGUUAUGUUUGGCGUAAAAGCAACACAGCUCAUCACCCUGAACACACCAUCCCCACUGUCAAACAUGGUGGUGGCAGCAUCAUGGUUUGGGCCUGCUUUUCUUCAGCAGGGACAGGGAAGAUGGUUAAAAUUGAUGGGAAGAUGGAUGGAGCCAAAUACAGGACCAUUCUGGAAGAAAACCUGAUGGAGUCUGCAAAAGACCUGAGACUGGGACGGAGAUUUGUCUUCCAACAAGACAAUGAUCCAAAACAUAAAGCAAAAUCUACAAUGGAAUGGUUAAAAAAUAAACAUAUCCAGGUGUUAGAAUGGCCAAGUCAAAGUCCAGACCUGAAUCCAAUCGAGAAUCUGUGGAAAGAACUGAAAACUGCUGUUCACAAAUGCUCUCCAUCCAACCUCACUGAGCUCGAGCUGUUUUGCAAGGAGGAAUGGGAAAAAAUGUCAGUCUCUCGAUGUGCAAAACUGAUAGAGACAUACCCCAAGCGACUUACAGCUGUAAUCGCAGCAAAAGGUGGCGCUACAAAGUAUUAACUUAAGGGGGCUGAAUAAUUUUGCACGCCCAAUUUUUCAGUUUUUGAUUUGUUAAAAAAGUUUAAAAUAUCCAAUAAAUGUU